UGAAAGACAGCAGGAGAGAGAGGGGAAGGGGAGAAAGAGAUGGAAGCACAAGCGCAUCAGCAACAGCAAUGGAUGCAUCCCAGCCAUGCAUCAGCAUCAGCGGUGUCAUCAAUGGCUUCAUCUCAGCCGUAUACACAACCUACCUCCGUCGAAGAAGUCAGAACCCUCUGGAUUGGCGACUUGCAGUACUGGGUCGACGAAAACUACCUCCACUCCUGCUUCGCUCACACCGGCGAGGUGAUUUCAAUAAAGAUAAUACGUAACAAGAUCACUGGCCAGCCAGAGGGUUAUGGGUUUGUGGAGUUUGUAUCUCAUGCUGCAGCAGAGAGGAUUCUGCAGGCAUACAAUGGGACACAAAUGCCUGGAACCGAACAAACCUUCAGGUUGAAUUGGGCUUCUUUUGGGAUUGGAGAAAGGCGUCCUGAUGCUGGGCCAGAGCAUUCUAUUUUUGUAGGGGAUUUGGCACCUGAUGUUACAGAUUAUUUGCUGCAAGAGACAUUUCGAGCCCAAUAUCCAUCAGUUAGAGGCGCCAAGGUUGUGACUGAUCCAAAUACUGGACGCACAAAGGGAUAUGGGUUUGUUAAGUUCUCUGAUGAGAUGGAAAGAAACCGUGCUAUGACUGAAAUGAAUGGUGUCUAUUGCUCAACCAGACCCAUGCGGAUUAGUGCAGCAACACCCAAAAAGACCACUGGUUUUCAACAGCAGUAUGCUGCAGCAGCAAAAGCCUUAUAUCCAGCUCCUGCUUAUACUACGCCACCAUUGCAGGCUCUUCCGGCAGAUAAUGAUAUAAAUAACACAACAAUUUUUGUUGGUAACUUGGAUCCUAAUGUGACAGAAGAGGAAUUGAAGCAAAUCUUUUCACAGUUUGGGGAGCUUGUCUAUGUCAAGAUUCCUGCAGGCAGAGGAUGUGGUUUUGUACAGUUUGGAACUAGGACAUCUGCUGAAGAAGCAAUCCAAAGGAUGCAGGGAACUGUGAUUGGUCAACUAGUAGUCCGGAUUUCUUGGGGUCGGAGCCCAACAGCUAAACAGGACCUACCUGGUAGCUGGGGUCAGCAAGCAGAUCCAAGUCAAUGGAGCAGUGCCUAUUAUGGCUAUGGACAAGGCUAUGAUGCAUAUCCUUAUGGGGCUACUCAAGAUCCUUCUUUGUAUGCUUAUGGUGCAUAUGCUGGUUACUUACAAUACCCUCAACAGGCUGAGGGUGUUCAAGACAUGGCAGCUAUGGCAGGUGCAGUUCCAGCCGUUGAACAGAGGGACGAGUUAUAUGAUCCUUUAGCUACACCUGAUGUGGACAAGUUAAAUGCUGCUUACCUUGCUGUUCAUGGAAGUGCCAUUUUGGGCCGGUCUCUAUGGCUAAAAACUUCACCAUUCUCACAGAUGGCCUAGUCUCCUACUGCAGUACCUGGUUUACUUCACCAUUCUCACAGAUGGCUUAGGCUCCUACUGCAGCACCUGGUUCAUACUCUUGGUAUAAACUGCAGUCUGCAGUAGAAACAAACAGCAUAUGUUUCAGUCUAGCCCGGAAUCAGAAUCUAUAGAACUGCAGUCUGUAGAAGAAAUUAACAACACAUGCUUCAGUCUGUUUUCUUUUUUUGUCUUUUUUUUUUGUUCUUUCUUUUUGUUUCUUUUUUGUCUGAUGUUAAUUGUCUUUAGUUUUUCUGGGUAUGGCUCUCAAUACAGGAAGACGAUGUAGGUCAUUGAAUUAGAAUCAACAUUCUCGCUUGUAGGGCAGGUCCUAUCCCUUUAUGAAAUUUUCAAAUCAUUUCUCA